AUGUUCUGUUCGUUAGGGACUCCACAUUGAGGGAAUAUAGCUGGCUGUUGGGUGUGGCAGGACCCAUCAUUAAGCAAUUCUUGUUCAGCUCAUCUAGAUCUGUUUCCCUUCAAUUUCCUGACACCGGAUAUGGACACGUCUCUGGUGUUUACAGUACGAAGGCGUGAUCCAGAGUUGAUAGCCCCGGCGAAGCCCACUCCUCGCGAAGUGAAGCUUCUGUCAGACAUAGAUGACCAAGAUGGCCUUCGUUUCCAAAUUCCAGUGAUACAGUUCUAUCGCAAGGAGGCUUCACAGGAAGGGAAGGACCCUGUUGAGGUGAUUAGAGAGGCUGUGGCGAAAACGCUUGUGUUUUACUAUCCUUUUGCAGGUAGGCUUAGGGAAGGGCGUGGUCGGAAACUGAUGGUGGAUUGCACUGGAGAAGGUGUUUUGUUCAUUGAGGCUGAUGCUGAUGUCACUCUUAACCAGUUUGGUGAUGCUCUUCAACCUCCCUUUCCAUGUUGGGAAGAACUCCUUUAUGAUGUUCCCGGCUCUGGAGAUGUCCUUAACACUCCUCUCUUGCUCAUACAGGUAACGCGUCUCAAGUGCGGCGGCUUCAUUCUGGCUCUCCGGCUGAACCACACUAUGAGCGACGCAGCAGGUUUGGUCCAAUUCAUGAGCGCAUUAGGCGAAAUAGCACGCGGGAUGCACCAACCUUCCAUCCUACCUGUGUGGAGGAGAGAGCUUCUAAACGCGAGGGACCCACCAAGAGUGACAUGCACCCACCGCGAGUACGAACAAGUGCCCGACACCAAAGGAACCAUCAUCCCCUUAGACGACAUGGCUCACCGCUCUUUCUUCUUCGGCCCCACCGAAGUCGCCGCCAUUCGCCAUCUCAUUCCGCCUCACCAACGCCAAUGCUCUAACUUCGAGCUCCUCACCGCAUGCCUCUGGCGCUGCCGCACCAUAGCGCUGCAGCCUGAAAGAGACGAAGAGGUUCGCAUUCUCUGCAUCGUUAACGCCCGUGCCAAGUUUGACCCUCCCUUACCAACCGGUUACUACGGCAAUGCUUUUGCGUUUCCCGUGGCAGUUACUAGUGCGGGGAAUCUGUGUGAGAAUCCGUUGGGAUAUGCUUUGGAGUUGGUGAGGAAAGCGAAAGCGGAUGUGAGUGAGGAAUAUAUGCACUCGUUGGCGGAUUUAAUGGUCACCAACGGACGACCUCACUUUACCGUGGUGAGGUCGUAUCUUGUGUCGGAUGUGACGCGUGCUGGGUUCGGAGAAGUUGACUUUGGGUGGGGAAAGGCUGUCUAUGGAGGACCGGCGAAGGGAGGAGUUGGAGCCAUACCUGGUGUUGCUAGCUUUUACAUUCCCUUUAAAAAUGCUAAAGGAGAGGAAGGGUUGGUGAUUCCGGUUUGUUUGCCAUCUGAAGCCAUGGAGAGGUUUGUAAAGGAGCUGGACAACGUGCUUAACAAUCACAUCCAACCUACCAAGGGUGGUUCAAAAUCUGGCUUCAUCAUUUCUUCCUUGUAGCUUGCAUUUUAAAAUAUUCCAAUUUGCUUCGUAUUAGCAGAAAGAUAAAGAAAUUGAGUUCAGGUACUGCUUAUAUUACUAAUACUGAUGGGAACGAGUGUAGUAGGCCAACAAGAGCAGAACCAGAGUUCACAAGAGACUAAGCAAAGCUAAUAAGGAUCAGUGUUGUUAGUACUUUCGCGAGUCUUUAAUAUCUUUUAUUGGCUUUGAAGUUAUCCACUUAACUACUGCGUACAUUUGUCACCACUUUUGUGUAAAAUGGUUUCAAUUAUUAUUACAUCUAAUCCCGAAGCUUUUGUCGGGCCAAAUACUUCAAUGGUA